UUUACUAUCGUCCUGCGACGCGCAUUCAGCAUCAGUCGUAGUCGAUUGUUCGAUUCGAUUCGAUCUUGUUCUUUUUGAUUUCCACUUCAAGAAAAUUUUUACGCAAGUGAGGCGUUUUUCAUAAGUAAAUUUUCAUAAAAAUAGUGUAUAUACGCAGUUCUUAGUAUAGAAUAUACUACGUAACCUUUAAUAUCGUGUACUUCACUUUUCAAUCAACGUGAUCUUUUCUUCAAUCAAAAAUGAGCACGCCGGUGAAGAAAGUGCCUAUUCACCUGCAGAGCGCGCAAAACAGGCUGUUGAUUAAGAACGGCAAGGUGGUGAACGACGAUGGAAUCACGGACAAUGACGUUUAUAUCGAAGAUGGUAUCAUAAAGCAAAUGGGCCGUAAUUUAAUAAUACCAGGUGGCACGAGAAUCAUCGACGCCCGUGGAAAGUACGUGAUGCCCGGUGGCAUAGAUCCGCACACCCAUUUCGAAUUGGAGUUAAUGGGCGCCAAGACGGUGGACGAUUUUUAUCAGGGCACCAAAGCAGCUGUCGCCGGUGGUACGACGAUGAUCAUCGACUUUGUCAUCCCCAAGAAGGACGAAUCAAUUUUGGAGGCGUACGAGAGGUACCGGGAGAGCGCCGACCAGAAAGUUUGCUGCGAUUAUUCGCUCCACGUCGCCAUCACGUCCUGGAGUCCAAAAAUCAAAGAAGAAAUGGCUACGUUGGUGAAGGAUCACGGUGUCAAUAGCUUCAAAAUGUUCAUGGCCUAUCGUGACCUGUAUAUGAUCAGGGAUCCAGAAUUAAUUGAGACGUUCAAAGCGUGCAAGGAGCUCGGUGCUGUUGCUAUGGUUCAUGCAGAAAAUGGCGACAUUAUUGCGGAGAACACGAAACGAUUGCUCGAUGCUGGAGUCACGGGACCCGAAGGUCACGAAAUGUCGCGUCCCGAGGAAGUAGAGGCAGAAGCUGUGAAUAGAGCGUGUGUUAUAGCUAAUCAGGUGAAUUGCCCACUGUACGUAACGGCAUUGUCGAGCAAAUCUGCUGCUGAUGUUGUAUCCUCGAAAAAGUCGGAGGGUGUUGUCUUGUUUGGAGAAACUCUGGCAAGUACCGUGGGUAUCGAUGGUAGCGAGCAAUAUGGGAAAGAUAUCGAAAAAGCCAGACGUUACGUUACUAGUCCACCAUUGAGACCUGAUUCUACAACACCUGCCUAUCUAAUCGAACACUUAGCACAAGACGGCCUUCAAGUUACCGGUAGCGAUAACUGUACCUUCAACGCCGAACAAAAGGCUCUAGGCAAGGAUGAUUUCUCAAAGAUCCCCAAUGGCGUGAACGGCGUCGAAGAUAGGAUGUCGGUUGUUUGGGAGAAAGGGGUGCACGCUGGAAUAAUGGAUCCUACGAGGUUCGUGGCAGUGACCAGCGCCAACGCUGCAAGGAUCUUCAACCUUUAUCCACGAAAGGGAGUGAUAGCGGUCGGCUCAGACGCCGAUAUAGUUGUCUGGGACCCUAACAGGAAGCGUACGAUUUCCGCUCAAACGCAUGUCCAGGCCGUUGACUUCAACAUCUUCGAGGGUAUGGAAGUUCAUGGGGUACCUGAGUAUGUUAUAGUGGAAGGUCGUGUUUGCGUGGACGAGUGUGAGCUAAAAGCUGUUCAUGGAUUCGGAAAGUUCGUCGAGAGUCCAAGCCAUGCUAAUUAUGUAUACGAUAUGAUUGAAGACAGAGAAAAGAAACCACGCGGUGUAGCGCGAACCGAAGCCGAGGCGAAGAAGUUUGCCGAGGAGGACGCCGCUAUCGCGAAAGCCAAAGAGGAAGCAAGAGCGGCAGCUGCAGCACUCGCGAAGAGUCAUCAAACAAACGGUACUUACGAAAGUCCGAAACCGAAAAUUUCAGUACCCGAUUGUAUGCCAACACUACCUGAUUCUGCUGUGGUUACGCCAUCAUCGAAAGGUCCACGACUAGAAGGACAGAGAAAUUUGCAAGACUCUACUUUUUCUAUCAGUGAGGAUGUCGAGGAAGCAAGAAGAGCUUGUAUCCGCGUGAACAAUCCACCUGGUGGUCGUAGUGCGGGAGGUUUUUGGUCUGUUCCAUCAAAGGAGGAUUCGGAUGCCACCGGUCAGUAGAAUAUAUGUUCGUAUUUUCAUGUAUCACACUAUUUUUAGCUUCAUUAUCGCUUCAUUGCCCGCUCUCUAUGUACGUAUGCUUCAUUCUUUGACCUUGGAUCGUUUACGCGUUUGAUGAUCCGCACUUGACUUUAUCUUUCGUGCAAUAGAUAUGCGUGUUAAGUUUCUUCGCCGAUCAAAGGUUUAUGUUAUCGUUCUUAUUGAACACCUUAAUCGACAAACUUAUAUAUCGUUUAUUUGUAUAGUAUGUUGUUUUAUUAUGUAUUACAUAUAUGGAAUAAUAGAAUUACGUAUUGAUUUUGACGUGGAUAUUAUGUCUAUAUUUGAUAGAGAAAUUGUUUAUUUCUUUCGUGAAGAUAUUCAGAAAAAAAAUAAUUUAUGUUUUGUAAAUUUGUAAAAAAUAUUUGAUAUAUGUAUUUCUGAUAAUUCCAAGGUCAAGCUUAUGAGCAAGUUAUUUAUUGCGUAACUAUAUUACUUCAAAAACGUAUUCGCAUCUGUAAUAUUCAAAGUCAUUUUCAAAAUAACUUAGAUAUUUAAUAAUGUUUAUUAUUAAAUCGAUCAUUAUUAAUGAACGAUUAUUAGUCACCAUUUAUAAGUUGUACAUUCAGUUUAACAUUCAUUAAUCAGUUAUUAUUGUAACUUUGGUUUCAUAUCAUAUUUUUAAUAAUUUAUAUAACACCGGUGUACAGUGAUCAUCAUCAGUUUCAUCAUUGAUAUUAUACAAUGACGCAGACAUUAUAUAUGCCCGGUGUACAUAUUACACAUAAAAAUGUUUUCGCUCUCGAUCAAGGUUUAUCUGGCAUGCAAUUAUCUCACGGGUAUAUUAUAUUAUAUUAUAUAUUUUAUACACUAUCGUUAGUCCUAGAAUCCAAACGCUGUACCAUUAAUUUUAAGAAAUCAGCCCAAUAUAAUAAUUGUUCUAUUUUCUAUUCACAGUUUAGUGUUACGUUUCGGUUAAUUAUAUUACUAAUUAUAAUGAUUGUAAAUAUUAAAUUAUCCUUAAUUUAACUAUUCAAGGAGUUUAAACAGUUGUUCUUUUGCAAAGGAUUAAAAUAAUUGUAAUUAUAAAUUAUAUGCAGUUAUAUUUGAAUAUUUAUUAGAAAUUGAUAACUUAAUUAUCGUAUAAAACAGUCUAAUAAUAAGUUGAACCGAAUAAUUGCAACCGAAUGAAAAGCAGAUAAUUUUUUUAAUCUUUUCACUGUAUUUUUACUGUCAUAGAAUUUGCGGGUUUAGAAUAGUUAAAAAUGAUAAAAAUCGUGAUAAUAUGGAAACAGAUUUAUCUUAGAAUCAAAUGUUUGGCAUAAAAUUUUUAUUCCAAAGACAUAGAGCGGAAUUCUUCUGCUCUAAAAAUGUUGACAUUUUUUAAAAUUUACAAAAUUUAAAUGGAGAAAUGAUAAAGUUCAACAAUGAUAGCUUAUAAAAAUUAAAUUGAAAUACGCACAAGUUCAUAAAUAGAUAACAUAGCCAAGGAUGCUAAAUUUAUAAAUUAACAACAUUAUACCAAAAGGAAGACGUAAUGAUGUAUUUGAUAAGAACGCAUAUAAGCAUUGUUCGCUUAUGAUAAUUUAAAAUUUACAAAAUUUCAUGUUGAAAUUUCGCUGAGUAUUAUUUAAUUUAAUUAUUCGAGUCUUAUAUUGUGUGAACAAAAAAAUUUUUUUCCUUAAUAACAUGAGCCCUACAUUCCGAUUUUUAACGUGUUACGAAAAUUAUUAAUCUUUUUUUUUAACUUUGUCAUUGAAAAAGUAUCCAUUGUUGAUUUUAUUAAAUCCUUAAGACACAUGCGUCUACGAAAGUAAAAUAAUUAAUGAUAAUAAUCUUAAUAAUAAUAAUAAUGUUAAGAAUAAAUGAUACUAAACAGUAAUUAUCGCAUAAUAAAUAUUUAUUACGUAAUUACUAUUGUGUAAAAUGAAUGAAUUCGAAAUUUUUACAAUUAUAAGGCUUGUCUGAGCUACUCGUAAACGACCAAAAACUUUGGUUACCAUUAUAACAGUUACAAAACUGUUGCGAAUAAUUGUCGUGAUACAUUUUUAGAAUGAGACAUUUUUAGAUCGCAUUUAGAAAAAUAUGUCUAAGAGUUUUUUAAUGUAGAUUUUGUAUUGAAACAUUUCUAAAAGUUUCUACACAUGCAUAGAAUCAAUUAUAAUAAGUUAUUAAAAAUCAUAGAAAGCAACACAAUUCAUAUAUUUUGAAAUAAUUUAUAAUUAUUUUAUUAAAAAACAAUUCUAUUAUGAAGCUGUUUCUCAAGAUAUAUUGUUGUUUUCUAAUAAUAAUUACAUAAUUGAAUGUAUGUGAUUAUAUAAGACUGCUUGAAACCUGAUUAAUCGAGAAACGAUUUGACCUUGUUCAAUUAUUAUAUGGUUUAAUGGAAAAGUGUUGUCUCCAUUUGUUUUUACAGUUUUUAGACUAUUAACAUUUAUUAAGACUUAACAUUGUUAUUGUGCACGUUACAUUCGUUGUAUUAAAGGUUUUAUAUUACGGCAUUCAGUACGUGUAUCGUUGUAUUCCAUUUAUCAUAUAUAAAAGUUUUGAGAAUUCAUAAUUUAAUUACGAUAAAUAUGCAAGGGCUUUACAACAGAUUUAUCUCUAUAAAAAUAUAAUUAUCAAUGUGUUCACAUUAUGUGACUUCGAGUCGAGUAUUCGAAAGAAAUGUAUAGUUUAUCAAUAUAAUAAAUGAUACAGCUAGAGUACCUAUUUAUGUCUGUUACAAUGUAUGUGAUCGCUUGAAAUAAAAAUUUGACAUCAAUAUUAAACGAA